AUGAAGGAGGACCUCAUGGAUUUCUUAGCAGCCCUCACCCUGCCGCGGAGACAUGAAGCUGUGAGAUCUAACCUGGAACCGAGCGAGGAGUUAUGGACCUCAUUUCGACCGCCGUUACAAGAAGAUCCGGGGAUCCCUGCUGGUGGUCUUAUGGUGAGCCAGGAUUAUGGGGCUCUAGAACAGAAUCUGAAUUCCGUUCGUCCACUGACUUUGGACGCCGACCUAGAGACUGAAGAGACAUCAAACGCUGAUAUGGCGCGCACACGUGAAUUUACAAACUGCAGAAAUCCUAGUCCCAGCCAUGGUAAAAACACAGAUACUUGUUUCAAUCUUCUUCAAAAUCAAAGAAGCAAUGUGGAAAAUGUAUGUUCUGAGUAUGGGAUUGUUUCCGGGAAAUCAAAUCUUUUAAGACAUCAGAAAAUGCAUACAGAAGAGAAAACAUUUUCAUGUUCUGAAUGUGGGAAAUGUUUUGCUCGGAAAUCAUAUCUUGGUACACAUCAGAAAAAUCACACAGGAGAGAAAGCAUUUUUAUGUUCUGAAUGUGGCAAAUGUUUUGCUUGGAAAUCAAAUCUUAUUUAUCAUCAGAAAAAUCAUACAGGAGAGAAAGCUUUUUCAUGUUCUGAAUGUGGCAAAUGUUUUGCUUGGAAAUCAAAUCUUAUUUGCCAUCAGAAAAUUCACACAGGAGAGAAAGCAUUUUCAUGUUCUGAAUGUGGGAAGUGUUUUACUCAGAAACCACAUCUUAUUGGCCAUCAGAAAAUUCACACAGGAGAGAAAGCAUUUGCAUGUUCUGAAUGUGGGAAGUGUUUUGCUCAGAAACCAUAUCUUAUUCGCCAUCAGAAAAUUCACACAGGAGAGAAACCAUUUUCAUGUUCUGAAUGUGGGAAAUGUUUUGCUUGGAAAUCAAAUCUUAUUUAUCAUCAGAAAAAUCAUACAGGAGAGAAAGCUUUUUCAUGUUCUGAAUGUGGGAAAUCUUUUUCUGUGAAAUCAACUCUUAUUAUACAUCAGAAAAUUCACACAGGAGAGAAAGCAUUUUCAUGUUCUGAAUGUGGGAGGUGUUUUACUCAGAAACCACAUCUUAUUGCCGGCCGGGCCCCUGGAUCUACCGGCCGGCCGCUGGACCCAGCAUCCUCCGGAGAUCUUUACCUCAGGCCGCCUCAGAGGCCCCUUGCCCCAGAGCUCCGCUCUUUUGGGGACUAG